UCAUCCCCGCCGCUCACCACCACCAACCCUAACCAUCUCCACUAAAAGAGGUGCGCCAUGUCUGUUGGGCUUUCUCCUGCACCACAAUCAUGGCAACAGUGCCACAGAAGACAUUAACUUGGCUAUAUCGAGUACUAACGAACCCCGAGUACGGCCCUAAUCAAACAUAUCGAGACCCAAACAGAAUAUACAACGACGUAGUAAAUCUACUGGCUCAAUACCCUGGCUUCGCUCCCCGAACGGAUGUCUAUACAUAUGAGAAUGGCGUACCCGCUUUGCUCCUACACGUGGCAGGAACGCUACCCGUCACAUUUCGCGGAGCUGUGUAUCGAUUUCCGAUAACCAUCUGGGUGCCCAAGGCGUACCCGCGUGAACCGCCGAUGGUGUAUGUCACCCCGACGCCGGAUAUGCUAGUUCGCCCCGGUCAACAUGUUAGUGGGGAGGGAAGGGUGUAUCACCAUUAUCUGGCACACUGGUCGGAGGCAUGGGAUCGGUCAACGAUCGUUGAUUUCUUGUAUAUCCUCAGGGACAUCUUUGCGAAGGAGCCUCCCGUGAUAUCAAAGCAGCACCAGAAUAUACGACCUAUCCCCCCGCACCAAAAAGCCACGCCCCCUGCCGUUCCUCCCUUACCACGAGAGCUUGCUAAGGCUGUAAGCCCAUCCCCCCCACCCGUACAACAGAGUCAGGCUCCUCCCCAGUUACCUCCGAAACCAGGCCAAGUGGUGGAGCCAGAAAGGCAUCGGGACCAAUCCGCGCAAAAAUACAACCAACCACCGCCCCUACCCCCGCUCCCCUGUGAUAUUCGUCAUCAAAGAUCUUCGUCGCAACAACUGAAUCAUGACCAAAUGUCAAACAAUAAUGGAAUCUAUCAUGCUCCGCAGCGAUCUAGUAGUUUGAGACAGCCCAUAUCGCAAGCGCAGAUGAAACCCCAAACCCCACCGUUACCGCCGAAACAAGGCUACCAACAAGCCGGAUACCGACCAACACCCGUCGGGCCUGUCAGCCCGGUUCCUGGACAGAAUAUGACAGCCCCACCACAUAUCCCCCAGGCAUUCUCCUACCAACACCAGCAGCAACCACUUCCCCCCCAAGGUCCAUAUAUGCAGCCCCAAACUCAGACCGCUGCGCAGGGCCAGCCUCUACCCCGUCCCAUUCCCGCACCAUCAUAUGGACCUUCUCCAAUGCCGCAUCACGCUCACCCGCCGCAGCCACCAUCCUCAGCCGCGAAGAAGGCCGAAGCACGCGACCCCCUCAACUCACUAUUCGAACUCGAGCUUCCCCCCUUAUCUACACCACCAGCUGCACCGCCUAUCCCGCCAAAUCCAGAAAAGGACGCCCUUCUCCGCACCCUUUCCCAAACCCUUACCCAAACCCUCCAAUCAACCAUCUCCCAGACAACCUCCCGUCUUCAACCACUACAUACACAAUCCCAAGCCCUCCAAGCCGCCAUUACCACUCUUCAAUCUGAAAUAUCCGCCCUAAACUCCUUCCACUCGACCCUCCAAUCCAACACAUCCAUCCUUCAACAAUCCCUACAACGUGCCGACGGCGUCAUUGCAGAUGCGAAAUCGCGCUUAUCUACCAACCCCCCGACAGAUGCAAAUGUCUCAUCUACCGAGCCGUCGGCAGCUAGUACAGCAGCGGCAACGGCAACAGCAACAGUAGCGGAGCGUCAAGAGGCUACCGGCCUUCCUCCCAUUGACGACGUCCUCGUUGCGCCUACUGUUGUUGGGAAGCAGCUAUAUGACCUCAUCGCUGAUGAGCGGGGCAUCCAGCGUGCCAUAUAUGCGCUGCAGGAUGGGUUGGUGAAGGGGCGAGUGAGUGUUGAGACGUGGGCGCGGCUGACGAGGGGACUGGCGCGGGAGGCGUUUUUGAAGAGAGCGCUAGCGAGGAAGGCGGGGUUGGGGAUGGGGUUGGUUAUCGAGGAUGGAGAGUAGUGGGCAAGUAUCCCCCAUCGCGCGUGUGAAUUAGUUAGGAUCGAGGGGUGGUUUAUCUAUUUUAUCAUGAACAUAGAAGUUUUGGAGUUGUCAGCGAGAUACCUAGAUGAAUGUAUGUGUGUAUGUUACAUGUACAUAGCUAGCUAGCUACCUACCCAUCGAUCUAUCUAGCGAGAUUCACACGCACGUUUCUAGUCUAAGCAAUCAAUCAGAUCAGGGAGCAUUCUACAUCUAUGUACGAUACGGCGCGACUACGAUUCACAACACACACCUGUUCAAAUGGCUGCUAAUAUGAACACGAAAAAAUGAGACAUGGAAGCCAGCUCGCGUUCAUACUGCUGUACCCCAAUAUCUAGAUAGAUCUCUUGGAUCUCCCGAUCCACCCGAAAGUUUAAAAUAUCAGUUAUUUUUUUUCUUUCUUCUACAUUCAAAAAGCUUUACAUUUUGGUGAGGAAGUAUUUUGUUUCGCGCAUGUAGAAUCGCCCCCUUGCAAGUUUUAUGAUAGUGUAUCUCGAUUUGUAGUCCGGGACACAGUAGAGUAGCUGCUGGGUGUUGCGACAGAAAUAAAUAAAUAAAUAAAUAAAAAGCCCCUUUUUCGCGCCUUGACGCGUGGUUCGACCCCGGACGCCCCGACCCGGAUUAGAAAUCACGGGCGUCGCGACAAGCUAUA